GGCAGUAGCAGCACCUCUGCCCUUCCUUUCUUUCUUGUACUCCCAUUUUCUUCAUAGUUCUUGUUCGUGUUCGUGUUGUGUGUAACAAAGAUUCAUGAUGCGUCCAUGUUAUAAUAUGUUCGUGUUGAAAAUGUACAUUUUCGUAAUGUUUAUUAUUUGUUCUUAAAGGUGAUUUUCCAAAAGGACAUUGCAUUGGUGUUAUUCAUUUUCAGGUGGAAGUCUCAAGUAAAUUAGAGAUGUCUGAGAUAGCUGAAAGUUUUGCCUCAUCUCUGAGUGAGCUUACAGUAAACAGCAAACCUCACAUCAACAUGCUGACUAUGUUGGCUGAAGACCACCUGGAAUAUGCGCCAAUCAUCACUCAAACUGUUCUCACCCAUCUACAAAAGGUGCGGCCAGAUGUGAAGUUGCCUGUUCUAUACCUCAUAGAUUCAAUCGUCAAGAAUGUGGGAAAGGCAUAUAUCAACCUCUUUACGCAGUCUAUUGUGCAGAGCUUCACCAAUACUUUUGAAAAGGUGGAUGAGAAGACAAGAGAACAAAUGUUUAAACUGCGGCAAACAUGGUCAGAAGUGUUCCCAGCAAAGACCAUUUACACCUUGGACAAGAGCGUACAGCAAAUAGACCCAGCGUGGCCUGUGUCUAAUCCUCCACCCACAGUUCACCUUAACCCCAAAUUCUUCAAGCCAGAUAUGCUAGAUUCAAAAUCUUUAACCUCAACCAUAAUACAGCAAGAUAUUCCUCACAUUGAAAGUCAGUCUCGCCACAGAAAAACCAAGACUUACAGCCCUCGAAAUCUUAGUGUAACUCAUUCAUCUCGGUCAAAAAAGGUAACUCCUACAAGCAGUACUGUGGUUGACAGCUCGAAAGGGGUACCAGCGGUGGCGGUGGUAAAACCUUCACAGGCCCCAGAAAUUUUGCGAGAACAGAUGAUAAUGAAGCAAAAGAUGAUUCUUGAACUGCAGCAGAAGAAGCUAAAGCUAGAACUGCUCGAGACUCAGCAGCAACUGCAAGAGCAGCAGAAACAGCUGGAAAAACAGUCUAACAACAAAACAUCUGCUGAACUCUCAAAAUUACAACAGAUUGUGAGUCAAGAGGAAGCCAAAUUGAAGUUAAUGAGUAAAAACCUGAAAAAGCAAAUACAAAUGAAGUUGCCCAAACUUCAGCAAAUUCACAAGGUAACAAGUGACAUCAAAGCUCAGAAGGUUGCAGAUGUGAGUAAAAUGUCAGUGGUCCCUGAGAGUUUGGUCAAACCGGCAGCAUUGCUUGAGUUAGAGAAGGAUGAAAUUGGUGGUAAACCUUUAAAGACACCAACGAUUGGUAAAUCCUCUGCUGUAACGAAGGAGCCCAAAUCCAAGAUCACUCAGCUGCAACAAACAGUGGAAAGACACAAAGUGGUAACACCAGCAGACUCCACAGAAGAGAUUCCUCCAGUCCGAAUUGCACCUGUCAGCUCGCAGUUAAUCAAUGCGGCAUUGUCAUUUGGUCGGAAUGUGCGUGAUCCCAGAAUCCGACAGAUGUCAUCACGAUUAGAGUCCCAGCUCAUCUCUACGGUUGCCCAGUCAGCACCCACACCCCCUCAUCCCUCAUCUACCACUACUCACCCCCCUCCACCUACAUUACCAGCACCGGAGAACAAGAUCGAUUUAAAAUUGAGAAAAGAUAAAAAAUCUAACAGUCAUCAACAUAAAGAAAGGUCAUUUAGGUCAGAAGAGGAGAACAAACAUAAUAGGUUAUCGAGUAGAAGCAGCGAUAAAUCUUCAACUAAACAACAUGAGAAAUUGGAUAAAACUUCACCCUCAAAACGAUCUGAAAGAAAGAAUGAAAAAAAAUUAAAAGUUGAGGAUUUAUUCUCCUCUCCAAGAUCAAAGUCUCCAUUGCAAGUGAAAAGUCUUCAUUCUCUAUCAAAGUCACAUUCAAAACGGGACCAAACUAAUCUUACAGAUACUGUUGAACCAUCUUCAUCUACAUCUCAUUUGGAAAGAGUUUCAAAAAUUGAGUCUAGUCCAAAAAGAACAAAAUAUCAUGACAACUGGCAAGGUGUACAGAGCAGUGAUAAUAGUAGUGACGGAUGUUUGUCAAAACAAACCCAAAAAUUAUCUUUAGAUGUUGCAAAAGCUCAAAACAUAAAACAAUCUGAAUCACCGAAAGUCAGUGUUUCACCUGAAGCAUUAGAUAAUAGUGCUGAAAUGCUUGAUGAAGAUAUAGAAAAAAUUGUGAAACAUCCAGAUAUUGUUUCAAAAAUAAAUAAAGUAGCAGAGGUGGAAAAUAUUGAUGAAUCACAUGAAUCUUCAAAGUCUUCUGAUGAUAGUAUAGAUGGGAAAUUUGAUGAAAUCAUUAAAAAUCCAACAAAAACAUCAAAGUUUGAAAAACUAAACAAAAUCAACGACGAAAAAAUGACAGGAAUUGCAAUCACCUCAGGAGCACACAAUAAUGAAAAAACAAAACAAUCGAAAGAAAUAUGCAGUACAUCCACUUUAAACAACCCAAUUGACAGUUCGCAAAGGAUUCCUUAUGUGGAUCAAAAUAAAAUAGAACUGCAAAGAACAGAGAAUCUGUCUAUAUCAGGGCAAGUUAAAAAUACGGAUUCUGAGGAACAAAAUCUGGCUCAGAGUACAAAUGACCCUGCAGUAAAUAGUACUUCGUAUGUUGAUGAGAACAUACAAACAUCUGAACCAUCAGUAAAGGAAGACUCUAAACGGUCAGAAUUCCAGUUUUCUGAUUUAACAUCAGAACAAGCAGAAGUGUCUUCUACAGUUAACUCAGUUCCCGAGAUACAACAUUUAAUGUCAAAAGAAGAAAUUAACUCAGCUAAAGCUGAAUUAUCUGAAAGUGAUAAUUUAAUUUUUACAAAUAAAGAUGAAACAUAUCACGUUAAUUCUUCUAGUUUUGAAAAAACAACGGAAGAAACACAGUUCAUACAAACAUCUCAGUCACCACAAAAUGAUUUUGAUCAUUCUGAAGGAGUUGACACUUUACAAAAGUUGAGAAAUCCUGAUCAAUUAAUUCUUAGUCCCCGUAAAGUCCAAAGCCCAAUAAGAAAUAUAGAACCAAUGGAAAUUAUAGAAGAAUCUAAUGAAGAUAUCACUUCUCUUGUAGAGUUUCCUCUCUCGAAAAAAUCAGACAAAAGAAGAGAAUCUCCUGUACAUCAAGAAAGAAAACUCCGUAAAGGAGACAAACCUAGUAUCAUGGAACAAAUUAUUGCUGAUGCUGAAAAACAUGAUGCAUCUCCUUCCCCUCCACCUCCUCCAAUCAUCAGUGACAAGUUCAAGGAAAUCAAACAAAGUUCGUUGAGUCGUCUGCGGAGAGUUGGCCGGCCAAGAGAAGAUCUUGCUGAUGCAGAAAGUCCAGAACCAGCAGAUGUCGAUCUUCGGACUCAAAUUCAGCCAUCUACACUUCCAAAAGGUUCGCAAAAUGAGGUUUUAGGACUUGCAGACAAAGAUGUGGACCUUCGCAACCUGCCAGUAUCUCCAGCCAAGAAGAGACCUUCUAUGGAGAAGCUUCUGGAUAUCCCUCCAGCUAAAAAAUCCAAAGCAGAAGUUAUGGAUGACUCUGCCAGAGAAGUGUACAAGGCUUCUGUUUGCAAGAUUCGUUAUUUUCCUGCCCGUCCGGAUUCUACACAUUGGUAUAAUAAUUCUCGAAUCUGUAUAUAUAAAAGGUUGUUUGGCAGUGAGGAUGUAGAUUUACGCCCUGUGUUGUGUCCUCCUCCACCAUCUCCCCCUCCACCACCCAUCAUCUCCAGCUCACCACCUCUAGAUAGUCCAUGGGCUCGCUACAAACAGACUAAGCCUGACACCUACAAGUCCAAAUAUGUGCCAUCUCGGCGAGACAGGGCUCCCUCCGUUGACAAGUUUGCUCGCAAUUCACGCUUCAAUAGUUCUGAGGGACCCGGUAGUGGUGGUGAUAGUUGGUACGGACGAGGAAGCCGAACCUACCAGAAGGAUGUAGACAUGAGGGCACAGCCUCCUGGAAAUGCAGAUGGCAGCUUUAAUACUAUAAUCAUUCAGGCAUUGGAGCAGCACAACCGAGGAGACUUGAAUGAUGAUGGUUACAAACGAGUUCUCAGUGAGGUAUUCACCAUGCGAGAGAAGCGGCAGCUGGAGGAGGCUCAGCGGAGAGACAAAGCUGAAGCGGCUCAAGAAGCUGCACAGACUGAAAAUUUGGAGCCAAUCAGUGAUGAAGAUAUUUCUGGAGGCAGUCUAUCAGGUGUAGAAGAUGCUCCUUCACCCACGGAAUCUUACUCAGGUGCUGAAGAUUUUGAGGAUCCAUCUCUCAAAAAGCCAUCAAAUGAGAAACGGAAGCCAGUUAUUGAACGAGAAACAAAACCAUCAGAAAAAUCUAUAGAUGUUGACAUACGCGUGGCUCCCACCGAUGUUGAUAUUCGGAACAAGACGGACUAUCAGCCUGUGGAUGAAAUGCCAAACAGAAAUUCUAGGGGUGAGUCACCAUACAGCAGAAAGGCCAAAAUCUCAGACAAGGAUAGAUAUCGCAGUCGCAGGGAUGAGUUAAAGGCUCAACGAAAAGAGAAGAGGUCAAGGAGAGCUGAAGAGGAGAUAGGAUCAAAAUACAGGAACUCUAGGUUUAAUGAAGGUCAGUGGAGUCCUCAUGAAGGGAGAAGUAUAAGUCCUACUGAGACCAUGGAGGUGGACGCUCCUAGAGUUCCUCCUAUUCCACAUUAUGAUGACGGAAGGAACUACAGAGAACCUCCAUUGACAAUCCAUCCGCCUAGGUUUGACAAAGACUUUCAUCCCGAUCAGCAUGACAGCCCUCCUGUGAGACCUCCUGUGCCCUGGGAGCCUCAGAGGAUGGCAGGACCAGGCCCAAACCCAUGGAUGUCUGGCAUGGGUCCGAUUCCUAGGGGUCCACCAGUAAUGGGUAUGAGAGCUCAGGACAGAUUCAUUGGUCCAAGGUGGCGACAACCAGGUCGUGGUCCUAACUUUGAAGGAGAACCGGGUUCUAGGUUCAACAGGUUUGGACCUCCACCAAUGGGUCGGUUCCCUGUCCCCCUGGCACCAUAUGAGGUCCCACCCACUGACCCUGCAGUAGUAAAGUUAAUCGAGGAGGAUCCCACCAAAUCGAUCAACAUUGACGGAUUGCCUCGAGAUAUCCGAUUCUAUGGUUUGACUGCAGUUGCUAUGAUGUCAUGGGACGACCCUCGUGAAGUCAGCUUUCAGACGGGUCAGCGAAGAGUUAUCAUUGAUGACAGAGACUCUAUCAUAGUCCACUUUAAUGCUCCCCCAGUAGAGGUGGUUAUUGAUGGUAAACCUCACAGGAUAAGGUUUGGAGCACCCACUAGAGAGUUGUAUAUUGACAACAAGUGGUAUGAGGUGUACUUUGGAGGUCCUCCUGUGACAUGUGAUAUCGCAGGAAAGACUCACACAGUACAACUGGAGGGCCCUCCUCCUCCGGUACGACCAGGGGCACAGCGCAAAGAUCUGGUUGUUGGCAAGAUUACCCUUAUCAUAGAUGCUGAGUAUCUAUUCACAGUGUUCUUGGAUGCUAGACCACAAAAGUUUGAAGUGAAAGGAAUCCCCUACAUUAUCCGUUUUGUAGAAGCUUUACAGAGAACUGUUAUUAAUGGAGUAGCAUUCAAGAGUGACUUUGGAGGUCUGCCUCGGCCAAUUAUCUUGAACGGAUCAAAGCAUUUUUUCCGCCUGACUGCUCUGCCACGCGGUGUGACACCUGGUUUCCUGACCAUAGUCAACAUGGAGGGGGGACGACUACCAUCACCUCCCACUCUUCCUGCACCACCACAAUUGCCGGCGACUCUAGAGCAGGCAGUGGACAUUAAGCCAGCUGAUCCAUUCCUUCAGCCUCCCAUGGGUCUGCUUACUGCUCCUCCAAGAGUAUCACCAGAGAUUACUAACAGAGAAGUAGAACCACUGCCACUUCACCCACCUGCCACUAUACCACCUGCUACAGUGCCUUUGUCAAUACCACCACAGACUGUACAGCCGACACCUGCUGUGAACCCACUGGACAUGUUGAGUAACCUGAUGCCACCUCAAGAGUCCACUCGUGCCGUUGACUAUAGCUAUUCUGUGGACAAUGAGAACAGCAACCAGUCUGGACUCACCACCACAACUACUACAGUAACGAGUACUGUAUCGACUCUGCCCUCUCUAACUGGGGAGAUCAAUGUGACAGAAUUAUUGCAGAAGUUGAUGGCCAAGGGUAUCAUGCCGACCCUUGAGCAACCCAAGGAUAAGACUCCAGAAAAGGCAGUUACCACAGAUUCUGGGCUUAUAAAACCAGUUGAUUUCCGAAAACAUGAAUCUCUCAAAGUCCGACAAACAGGGCUUAUCGCCCAUCUGUACUCUGGCAUCCAGUGUAACUCAUGUGGUGUGAGGUUCCCACCAGAGCAGACGAUGAAGUACAGCCAACAUCUGGAUUGGCACUUUAGACAGAAUCGUAGGGACAAGGAUUCAUCGCGGAUGGCACAGACUCGCCGCUACUACUAUGAUGUCAGUGACUGGAUACAGUUUGAAGAGAUAGAGGACUUGGAGGAACGAGCUCAGCCUUGGUUUGAGAUGCAGGAGGGAGCAGUGGAAGAGGAGGAUGUACCACGUGUGCUGGUCAGUGUACGAGCAGCCGACUAUCCAGAGGAUGCUGUCUGUCAUAUAUGCCAUGACAAGUUUGAAUCCUUCUACAAUGAAGAGAAGGAAGAAUGGCACCUGCGUAAUGCUGAGGACAAUAAUGGGCAGUUGGUGCAUCCUGUAUGUCUGGAGGACCAGCGGGCUGCUGCAGAGAAACCAAUAGUUGUGGAGGACAUUGAUAUCACUGGAGAUGAACCUAAAGAAGAAGAAAAGGAAACUGAUGAAAAAAAGGAAGAGGAGGAACCUCCCAAGGUUGAAGAAGAUGAUGAUAUCAUGGAAGUGACUGACAUUGAAUACAUCAAACCUGUGUUUCCUGUUGAGGACUUGACUGUUUCUGACUCAGAAUCUGUUGUUGAUAACUCAGAAGAAAAACCUGAAUUAGUGGAAACCGAAAUGGAGUCCGAGGAGAAAAUAUCUGAAGAGGAAGUAUCCGAAGUUGUACAAAAAGAGGAAGUUAAGGAUAAUGAUAAUGGCAAAGCAGCUGAAGGAGAGACUGAAUUGGAAAAGACUCCUGCAGAGGAAUUGAAAGAUGAAGACACCCAAGAUGACUUGAUGCUGAUCCUGGACAAAACGGAUGACAGUGUAUUGGUCAUGGACAAGAAAGAAGACAGUGUUUUAAGUACAGAAGAAAUACUGGAAGUGGUGCGGAACAUUAAAAAAGAUCCUGAUACAUUAGGAGGAGAGUACGAAGAAGAUGGUCUUGUCUCGGGUAUUGAUAUAAAGAAGGAGAAAGGAGAAGUCCCUUUGCCAGCUCCAGUAGUGGAUACUACACAUGCAACGGUUACAUGUUUGAUUGAUGGUAAUGUGGAGUUUGAGGAAACUCCUCAGCAAAUGAACAUUGGCGGCCCUCCCAAGAUAAAAAUCAACAUUACAAAAUCCAGUGUUCAACCCAAAGAAAAAGAGAAUGAACUUGAAAUUGUAGAGUCAGAAUCUUCAAAUACCACCUUACCUGCAACGUUAUCGUUAUUCACUCAACCUCCACCUCCUGGUGAAGAACCAGUACCCCAGUCUGUCAAACCCUUGCUUCGUAAACAAAAAUUACAAGAAAUGCCUCCAGUUUUAAAAGGAAGUGAAAUGUCCGGCCUUUGCUCUAUCAUGUAAAUAUAAAUAAUAUUUGGGCAACAGGUUUGGAUAUUAAUUUUUGGGCCAAAGGUUAGUUGUAUAAAUUAUUAUAAAUGUUUAAAUUAUGUAGAUAUUGUACAAAGUAUUAUAAGAAAAAAAGAUCAAUGUUUUAUAUUGCUCUUAUGUAAUAUUUUGUAGAUAUAUAUUAUUUUUGAAUGAAUAUUUUUUCUACUGAAAUGUUGAUUUUCAUUUCAUCCUUUAGUUACUAGGGGGUUCUCUGUAGAGCAAUACAACUUAUGUAACCAAAUUAAUGUAGCAUUAAAUUAAUUAGCUCUGUUAGAUUUAUUUGUUCAUUGGUGGAACUUAUGUUUUUGAAUAAAUUUACAUUUAUUGCACACA